CCUAACAGCAAGCUGCAGCGGUCUUCAGACAGCAGCAGGUCGAGCAUGGAGAGCCACGACGGGGACACCGAAGGCGAAGGAAGAACCGAGGAAGGCCCGACCAAGAAGCCUUCCGAGCCCAAGGUCACCUUCGAUCCUCAGAUCCUGGCCGAACCUGCGGAGCCAGAGUUGGAGCCGGAGCCGGCGUCAGAAACGGAGUCAGAGCCUGGACCGGAGACGCAGCCGGUUGCGGACGAACCCAAAGCAGAGGCUUCGGAGGGGAUCGAUUACGCGCAUGUCGAGGGCCCGGAAAGUCUGGAGGCCGCCGAGGCUGCGGGCGAGGCAGUAGAGGCCGCGAGCGAGGCCGAGUCCCAAGAGCCAGAGAGUCUGCCAGAGUCUGAGACCAAGCCGGAGUCCAAGGAGCGGGACGAGGACGAAGACGACGAUGAAGACGAGGACGAAGACGACGAUGAAGAUGAGGACGAGGAACCCGACCAGCCGGAGAAGCAGGAUAAGGUGAAGAGGUUGAAGAGCAAGGAGUCACGGUUCCGCCCCCAGGUGCCACUGACCACGAUCGUGGAGGAGGCGGCUGCUCCAGCCCCACGGGCUGAGAAAGAGAAAGCAAAGGAGUCGGAGCUGAAACAAGGUAGCGAAGAGAUCGAGGUGACAGGUCGAGAACGACGCAAAAGCAAAGAAGAGCAUCUUCAACCUGGAGAGGAGGAGGAAGAGGAGGAGGAGGACUACGAAGACUUUGAGUGGUCUGCGGAUUUCCGGAAGCUGCAAGAGCAGCAGCUGCGCGGUGAGCUAGUGGACCAGUACCACGCCUUGCUAGUGGAGCGGAGCCGGUACCAGCGCUACAAUGUGUACCUACAGCAGAAGAUCUGCGAGGCGCUACGCAAGAAGGGCAUGGAACCAGCUGAACCCGGGGACAAGGACGCGGGACCAGACUCUCCCGAGAAAGAGCAAGCAUACUUGCGCUAUCUGGCCAUGCUGGAGGAACUGAAGAAACAAGAAGCGGACGACCUAGAGUGGUACCGCGAGGAGGUGCGUGAGAUGAAGCAGCAGUGCCAGGAGAAGCAGGCCAGGGUGGAGAAAGAGUGGCGGCGCUUCCAGGCCCUCAAGAAGCAGGUAGUAAUGCAGGUCAUGGGCAGCUGCCGCAUGCGCGGUGGGCGCCAGGCGGCUCUGAGAGAGGUGGAACAGAUCCAGGCGCUGGAGGAUAAAAAGGAGAAGGAGAUGAGCGCGGUGCGUCUCGAGAACGUGCAGUUGAAGCAGAGCCUGGUACACUUUGAAACCAGGAUGAAGGCCCAGGAGGACUUGGCUGAGGGGCUGCUCCUCAUCGACUUUGAACAGCUCAAAAUUGAGAACCAGACCUUCAACGAGAAAGUCGAGGAACGAAACGAGGAACUUUUGAAACUGCGCACUAAGGUGACCAGCAACGUGCAGAUUAUAACCCAUGUGAAGGAAAAGCUGUCUUUCAUAGACAUGGAGAACACAUGCAAAAAGGCACAACUUUUGGAAAUCGAGGCCCAGGUGGCCCUAGGAAGAGACCUAUUAACAAAGACGAAGCAAGCCCGAGACAGCCUGCGAACUGACAACAUCAGGCUGAAUCAGAAAUCUGGCCUUCUGGGUAAGGAAUCACUGCUCCGAGACUUUGAGGAAAAGGUGGAGAGGACAGAGUAUCUCAACAAGCGUCUGGAAUCCCUGAAGCGCAUUCAUGCGGGGCUCAUCUUGUCUUGCAAAGGGGUGAAGCAAAAGAUCAGAGAAGCCAAAAGCUUCCUCCCCUCUUGACAGUCCUUGACAGGGCAGUUGGCAAAACCUCCAAAACUCUCGGUCUGCCCUCCCAUUGUUAUUCUAUGUGACUUGAGAUGCAACUUUAUUUUUGUCAUUUCCAGCUUCCAAAUUCCUGCUGAACACAUCCGGUUAGCGGUAGUUCUACAUAAGGUUAAGUAAAUUAUAUCUAGAGAGAGCGUGGGGUGAUUAAACCGACUAAUGAUGAAAAGCCUUUCUAGCCAAGCAGUCUCAUAGUCUAGAGGACUGUUAGAACUGUUCCUUAUUUAUAUGUAAGGAUGGUUUAAAGGUUCAACCAGUGGCCAAGGAACAGAAAAUCCCUGUGCAUUGUUCUGAUCACUCAGUCAUCUUUGUGCUAAUUAAACUGUAUAGUCUUGAGUCACUGUCUCAAUUAGCUCACAAAUUCCCUCCAUCUCUGUUUGUGGGUGUAUGUUGGCAUGUGGAGGCUGGAGGAACACACCAGCAUCUCUUGCUCUUCACCUUGAUUUUUUUGAGACCAGGUCUCUUUCUCAACCGGGAGCUUGCAGUUUCGGUUAGACUGCCCAGCUAGCAUGAUGACCCUGGGAUCUGCCU